GUACAGUGCAUGCCGUUUGAAGUUUCGGACACUCAGUCUGCUUCUGUUUCUUUGCUCCGCAAAAAUUAGAAGUUUUCUCUUUUCUCGCAAUAAAUAUUGCAUUAAAUGUAAAUUUUGGAACAUUUUUCGUCUUUGUUUAUAGCUGUUUACAGAUCCGAACGGAAUCCAGUAACGUAUGAUAAUGGCUACAAAAAUAGUGCAAAAUGAGGCUGCUUCGGUCAAUAAGGCACGUCAUUUAAUAUGCCGGUUGUGCAUGAGUAAGAAGUCCCUGAAAAACAUUUUCCAACACGAUGGACUAAGUAUUUGGAUUUCAAAGUUUCUAUCGAUUGUGGUUUCACGGGACGACAAAAUAAGUCUCAUGGUUUGUGACGAUUGCCGGACACGGUUAUUUGAUUUCCGAGAGUAUCAACUUCGUUGCAUGGAAGUUCAAAAUGAACUGGAAGUCGAAUGCACUGAUGAGGAAAUAAUAGGUUCGAAACGGUCGACAAGUAUAGUAACCAAGAAGAAAUUACGACAAGAUUCCGAAAUAGUCUUCAAUUGUUCCAAGUGUGAGAAAAAUUUUCGGUCGCAACGGGGCUUCGAACUGCACAAUGAAACCUUCCAUUCUACAGUGGUAUUCCAAUGCGAGUUUUGUAGUCUAAUGUUUCCAGCAAAGCAUCUUCUGAGAAAACAUACUAAAAAGCACUUUGAGCGAGGAAGGAAGCAUUCCUGUGCGAUUUGUGGAUUUGCCUUCUUAGAAUUGAAUCAUCUGAAAAGGCACAUGGAAAAGCACAAAAGAGAGAAUUUGAAAAUUGACCAUCGAAUCUGUCAAAUACAGGACAGACAGAAGAUAAAUGACCCUGUGAAUGACCGUGAAAUUAAUUACGACCAAAGUGAAAAAUCUAUCUUGGAGUCGUCAGACAAUGUUAAUGUUGAACCUGGAGCUGACGACUUAUUCGAAGCAACGAGUAUAAAAAUUGAGUUAGAGGUAGAUGAUUCCAAUGAGGAAAGGAAGCAGGAAAGGAUUAAUGAGCACGUCACCGAGGUAAGCCUAGAAGCAGAGACGAGCGCAAGCUCCGAGGCUCCUAAAUUCAAAUGCGACAUUUGCCACAAGUAUUUGAAAACUAAGCAAGUUUUAACAGUUCACAAGCAGAAUGUUCAUUCACCUAAAAUCCUCAAUUGUCCGAAAUGCUACAAAUCAUUUUCUUCAAGGACCAGUUUUAGGCGACACGAACGGGUGGUUCACAACAAGGAGAGGAUGCACAAAUGUGAGGUUUGUUGCUAUGAGUUUUUCACAAAAUAUGAUAUGAACAAACAUAUGAAGGUUCACCAAGAAGGCUACAUGCGAUCAUAUGGCCGAAAAGGGAAACCUUCGUUGACUGAUGAAGACGUCGAAAGAGUAAAUACCGAAACGGAAAACUCUGAAUCUGUGCCAGAGUUAAUGGACAUCAAAAAGGAAGUGUAAUAGUAUUUAGUAGCAACAACAAACAGAGCGAGCAAAUAUAUGAAAAGCUAAAUAGAUUUAAAUUUAUAUU